UCCCGGCCCCUGCCAAACCCUUGCGCCCCUAACUCUCAGGCGUGGGAGUGUGGGGAUUAAAAGAGAGUUCGGAAAGAAGGGGUGGAUGCGCCGCGGGCAUAGAAGUUCACGGACGGGGCAACGAUCGGCGAGAGGCACGAGGACAUCAUGGACGAGGCGAAGCCCCGAUCGGCGAACGGUGCUCGGCAUCGCGGACGAAACAACUGUCGACGGAGCGAAGCCCCGAUCGGCGAGCGGUGCUCGGCAUCGCAGACGAAACAACCGUCGGGCGUGAAAUCCACAAUGUAUUGUGUGCUAGACUACUGCCCCAGCAAAGUCGGAGACCCAGUAAGCUUUCAUAAGUUUCCCCGAGACGAGGAACAAAGAAACGCCUGGAGAGACUUUAUUCGGGCUGCCGGACGGCGUUAUUGGACGCCGAGGAAGACGAGCUUGCUUUGCUCAUUGCAUUUCAGCUCGGAUUCUUAUCAGACCAAGUAUGCGGCCAGCUUCGGGAUUCCGAAGAAGCGUUUGUUGGUGCCCGGCGCCGUGCCGACGGUGUAUCCUGCUGCUGCACAGAGUCUGCUGCCCUCUGAAAGCGGGGCAACUGCGCCGAAGCGUCAGUGCGUGGCCGAAGUUGACAGCGAUGGGGUUAUUCUCUUCAAGGAAACGGCCAUGGAAGAGACGUCUUCGACCACAGCACGUGAUCAUUGCCCCAGCAUAUCGUCACCACGCGUAGCCUCAGCAACGAUUGGAAGCAGUACAUGCGACUCCCAGACGCAGUGUGCCGUGCAAGUGUCACUAAAGUCAACGCAAGUGCCAGUACGUCCAAAAAUGCGCAGCAUCGAUGUGCAGACAGAAGGUUCAAGCUAGACUGGACAUUGUGCUCCCAUAAGACAAGCAGCCGAGGUGCUCAGCACCACAGCCACCAGAACCCUCACUGAGUUUUCUGGACAAUCCAGUGGAUGCCACUUAUGAGCCAACUUAGGAGGACUUGGGACCGUAAGUGUGCACAGUGGCUCAAAGUAAAUUUUUCUUUCUAUGCAUAGCUUGCAGGUACUUUUUGCACAGCUUACAAACAUGCAACAAACUGUACCUAUGCUUGGCUUACAGGUACAGUUUGUUCGUCAACACAGGUACUAAAGCUUAAAUGUUUCUCAAGAAAUUCACAUUAAAAAGUAAAUUUUUAAAUAUUACCUCUUAAAAUGGUUGGGACGUCAAAUAUGUUGCUUCCACAUUCUUUGUUUGAAGCGUUUCUUAUUGCUCCAGGAGUCAUGACAGGCACUUUAAGAUGAAUAAAUUCUGAGUAAAUAAGUCCUUAGCUCAUUAUUUAUGCUAAAGCAACCAACAGUUAUCCAUGACGUGGGAUUAGAUCCUGGUGGAAAUGAAAAGACCGUGAUUUAUAGUGACAGAUUCAAGCAUUCUUUUCGCGAGCUGAGUAGGAUUUACAUUUUUAAAUCACAUUUAAAAGUAACAAAAAAACUGUAUGUUACGCAGCCUAGCGGAAGCACCUUGAAGCUGGAUUAUGGAAUAGUUCACUUUGAUGUAUGUGUAUAUACAGGGUGUUCAAAAUUAAGCUUUAUGAUUUUCUUAAAAUUCAGCACUGGGAGGUACGUGAAAACAACCUUUGCAGAUAAGUUUUUUAUCCAGGGCGACAUGAAGACAAUAAUUAUCGCUGUCAGCCGCCCAAUUAACUAAGAUUGAAUGAUGAGCUUUUUACAGGGGUGGAAGUGCUGCGCCAUUUGCGCCACGCUGCGCCAAUCCGCUUCUGCUGCUCCAAAACGCAUUCUUGCGCCGAAACUGCUCCCAAGCGGUCUUUGGUGCACGGCCUCCACGAUGGGCUCCGGUGCGCUGCCGGAACCGACCACCGAGGCUAUGUUUGGUGCCUCAUGUGCCGCUGUCAUCCGUGUCGUGGUGCACCCAUGCGAGCUUAUAUCAUCAUCAUCAC